AUGGAUCUACGACCAAUGCAGGGUAUUUCAUCAAUUGUCAGAUUGGCACUACCAGUAACAACCUUCAAAGUUGAUGAAACGGAACAAGCCGCCGUCGCGUGCCACCAUGCACUCUUCCUCACAAAUUCCAACAUCGACCGUGAGAGCGUGAUCAGCGUGAAAGGCACAAGAGUCGAGGGUACCUGCGAGUGGAUUACGCAGGACGUGAGCUAUCGCGCCUGGCUGAAUGGCCAGAGCAACGGGAGCAACAAUGAUAACACACGCCUACUGUGGAUUUCAGGUGGGCCCGGCAAGGGCAAGACGAUGAUGUCCGUUUUUCUUACAGAGGAGCUGGAGAGGCACACAGCAAGUAUACCUGAUGCAGAGCUGGUAUUCUUCUUCUGCAGUGCCCAGGACGAGAAGCGCAAUACAGCUGUAGCAGUACUACGCGGACUGAUUUACCAGAUCAUCGAGAAGCGUCGGCAGCUAGUCAAAUAUGCGCUGCCAUAUUUUGAUAAACCCAAAGAGGCAAAACAGACGCUCUUGAGCUUGGAGGCUCUGUGGGUCAUCUUCAGUAAGCUCAUCGCCGAUCCCGAGCUAGGGACGGUUUUCUGCGUGCUUGACGGCCUCGAUGAGUGCGAGGAAAGCAAGUUGAGCGUACUGCUACAGCGGAUAGUCGGCCUGCUCGAUGGUGAUACUCUAUCAUCGACAAAGGGCUCAUUCAAGCUGGCCAUCAUUAGCCGAGACAUGCCUGACCUGCAUAGCUGCACCAGGAUUAGACUUGAUCCCGACAACGAUGAGAAAGUGGUUAGAGACAUUGAGCUAUUCGUGUGUGCGCGAGUGGCCGAGCUGUCAGUGAUCAAAGGGUUUGGUGGUGAGCUGAGCGCAUCUGUGCAGGAAACUCUCCUGGCUCGUGCUGAGGGGACGUUCCUAUGGGUAGGCUUCGCGAUGCACGAGCUGUCGCAGAAGCAGACGCCGAGCGAGAUCUUAGAGGCGCUCGAAGAAUUGCCAAGUGGUCUUCCAGCGAUAUACGGCCGUAUGCUGCAGCGCAUCUCACCGAAACAACAAGAGAGGAGCCUGGCCAUCCUGCGCUGGACGACUCUAGCAGCACGCCCCCUGCAUUUACAAGAGCUAGCAGCAGCAAUUGAUCUGCAAACUUCGUCCUCCCUCGUAUCUAUAGAGCAAGCGACUCGUGAUGCGAUCGCUAUAUGCGGACCUCUACUGAGGAUACGAGAGCAAGAGGUCAGCCUUGUUCACCAGUCGGCGCGAGACUACCUGCUGCGCAAGGAGUGUGACAAAGAUGCUGCGCUGGAAGCCUUUCGACUUGAAACGGAGCAUUCGCACCUAGAGCUUGCGCAAAAGUGCCUUUAUUGUAUCGCUUCCAGCGGAUUGCAGUGCAGAGCGACUGACCUGGACGCUGAGCUACAACCGCUAGAGUCUCCGCUGCUGCGAUACGCUACGAUUUACUGGCCCGAGCACGCAAGAAGCUGUUCCUCACUCGCAACAGAGCUCUUUGACCCUUAUGGGUUUUUCUUACAAAAGGAACCGGCUUUGCGCGUGCACUGGUGGCAGACCUACCAGACGAUAACGACAGGGUUUCCGUCAAAGCCCCCACCAUUACUACAUAUGGCGUGCAUUCUGCAAAUCAUACCAUGGAUAGAAGCAAUCCUGACCACGAAGAGCUGGAUACCUAUACGCCGCCGCCUUAGUAGAAGGGCGGGUAAUGCUUGGGAUACAGCGCUACAUAUAGCAGCUAAAGGAGGAAAUGAGGCUGUGAUCCGACUGCUAGUAGAAUUUGGAGCGGAUGUUAACGCAAAGAAUGUUGAAGGGCAUACUGCUCUGCACCUCGUAGCUGACCGAGGACACGAAGCGGGGGCACGACUGCUGGUGGACAGAGCGAACGUUAACGCGAAGACUAAUUUAGGGGCGACGGCCCUACACUUUGCAGCUGAACAAGGACACGAGGCGAUAGUGCGGCUGCUAGUGGACAGAACGGACGUUACUGCGAAGGAUCUUAUUGGGAAUACGGUACUGCACUACGCCGCUCUCCAAGGGAACAAGGCCGUGGUGCAGCUGCUACUUGACCGAGGAUUGGAUAUCAAAAUGAGGAACUAUUCGGGAAUGACAGCCCUACACCUUGCAGUUAAAGAAAAGAACGAGGCAAUGGUGCCACUACUAGCAAGCCUUGGAGCGGACGUCAACACUAAAGAAGAUCUUUUCGACACCUUAAUGCACUCUUGGAAGCUGCCAUCUCAAAAAGGUUUCAUGGGCAAGGACUGGCUAGCAGCAUAG